AUUAAGCAAUUUAGUCGCAACUGGUGUCCACAGCAUCAACGCUCUCUGGUUCUAGACAGCAUUAGAUACAAAGACUAGCAACAUGACGAUUGCUCUCAUAAGCGCAACAGGCAAGCUCGGCGGUGCUGUCUUGAGUGCCAUCCUAGAGAAUGAGCUGAUUGACCCAAAGGACCUGGUCGUCUGCACAUCCUCAGAUCUCAGUGACUCCCGCUUUGACCGUUUGCGCUCUCAGUCCAUCCCCCUCCGCCAAGCCAACUUCGAUGAUCCUUCUUCGCUCGUUGAGGCCUACAAGGGCUGCGACAAGCUCUUCCUGGUAUCGACACCUCGAAUUGAGAUGGACUACAACGACGCGCCGCUCUGGCAAGGCCGGGAAAAGCACCACCGCGCUGCUAUCGACGCUGCGCUCGAAGCCGGCGUGCAGCACAUCUAUUAUACAUCGCUUGGCUUCGGCAAUCCAAGCAAAGCGAGCGUGAUGCGCGCACACAUCCGGACGGAAAAGUACCUGCACGACCUGGAGAGAGAGAGCCGAGUGAGGAUCACGAUUAUCAGGGAAGGACUCUAUAAUGAAAGCUGGCCGCUUUACUUUGGAUACUACUUCGGUCUUAUGAACGAGACGAGGAGGGAAGUGGUCGUUGCAGGUGACGGGCCGAUCAGCUGGACUAGUAUUCCCGACAUGGCGUUUGGCACGGCGAAAGUGCUUGCUGCGCCGAGCCAGGAGUGGAGCGGGAAAAGUUUCCAUCUCAGCCAGAAGAAAACACGGACACUGCACGACAUCGCAGAUAUUGUAAGCAAGGUGCGAGGCGAGGGUAUCCGACUCAAGAUCGUAAGCAGGAAAGACUACGAAGACUUCUACGCAGAGCGUGGUACGGAGAGAGCGAGUGUCGAGUGGUGGAGUAGCACAUACGAUGCGUUGGAGGACGGCGAAUGCUGCAUCUCCGAUCCCACGCUUGAGGAUCUUCUGGAAGACGCAGGACGAAGCCCCAAGCCGCUCGAAGAGACUAUCGCAGAGAUGCUCAAGUAGCGCCCUGACCAUUCCC